AUGCAGUGCUUGGAAAAAAGGAGUAGCUACAAAGCUGGAGGAUUCCUGAAGGGUGAAUGCCACAAUGGGAUAUCGUCAGUGGAAAUACCGAAUGGAGGUUUCCACGAUUUCAUGUUUUCUCAAUCUUUAGAUCCUCCUGAUCCGCUUCACCAGACACGUAGAAUAUCUUGGCAGAACCCCUUCGCCCCUCCGACAUUGCCGCACGAAUCCUCCCUGGCUCUUCCCAGAUCGUCGCGUUGCAUCGCGUUCCAACCCCAGAGAAAGGUCGUUGGACACCGCCUCGAAAUUAUUUCUGGAAAGCAUAGGCGGAGGCGGCUUUUGCCCCCCAAAAUUCCGCUGCACCCUUCUGUGGCAGCGGCAGCAGUAGCAGCAGAGCGCGUAGCUCCAGGGGUGUCAGCUCCUGCGGCACCUCAGCAAGACCUUACACUUUUCGAGGCUUACAGAGACCUCCAGCUGAGAUGGAAGCGAACAACCAGGCAGUCUCGGAAGAAAUUCAGCAUUGCAAGGAAGUGGAGGCAGCACUUGGCGAACUGUCCGGAGCCUCAACCUACAUGGCUCCUCUUCCUCCAUCCACAGAUGGGUGGGCGUCAGUCCGGCGGGAGCAAAAAAGGAUCAAAACCUCAGCAACAAACCUUGGAACGACCGCUUGAGGAUCAGCAAAGCGAGCAAGAGCACACUAUAAGCCAGCAAAAUUCUCAGCAGCCCCUUAAUUGCCCAGAAAAGCACCAGGAGCCAACAGCAGUUGAUUUUGUGGGAGGAUUCCGGAGGCUGGAAAUGGCACAUGGGCAGAGGCCACCAUUCAGCCUUUCCUACGACCCCAAUGAAAUUUUUUGUGUGUUUAAAAGCAGCGUUUCUGCCCAGCAUAAGGUAACUGUAGGAGACCUCGUUCAGACUGAAAAGCUUCACAGGAAACAGGCGGGAGAUAAAGUCGUCUUUGGGACGGUCCUACUCGCCGGCACACGCGAGUGGACGCUUCUCGGAAAGCCAACGAUUCCAUUUGCGCGAGUGAAAGGCGUCAUUGAGCAACAGACGCUGGCGGGUGAGACUUUGAGCUUCCGUUAUAAGAAGACACGGAGAUCCUCUCGUUUUCUCAGAAUUCGUCACUGGGUAACUCUGAUACGGAUUGAGGCGAUCGAAGUCGACGCACAAAUGAAGGAAGAUCCGGCACCAGAGCCUCCCAAGCGUUUGCUGGACCUUUGGGCAAAUCGCUGGCUAUAUCCAGAGGAACUCCAUGGGAUCAAAACGGACGCCGAUGGCAAGCCUCUAGCAGAAAGUGUUUAUGACGGAGCUGAACACCAGCAAGGAACCUUUCACCGCCGGGGCUUGACAGCCAGCUACAGGUGGCUGCCCGACCCGCAAGCAACGCACUGGAAGCGCUGA